AUGAUAGGCUGAGAAGAAAAAAAACAUGCAACCACAAAGCGUAGCCUUGCAGUUGCGUUAAAAUGAACGACAGACAAAAAGUCGCGAAACGUCGCCGCUGUGGGAUAUUUUAAAUCCAGUUGGUCACGUUUACUAAAGCUUUUCUCGCUGCCUUCGUCGACGAAACCCACCUAUUUUUAACCCAGCUGUGGCUGCACAGAGCUAAGGGUAUUGAUCGCCGUGCUCCGGCGAGCUCAGCUGUGACUGAAGGGGAGGGGGAUCCUGGAAACCGCCUCCUUCCUGAGCGCCGCUGCCGCUGGGCUGCUGCUGGAUUUCAAACGCUCGCCGCCUCCAUGUUGGAAAGAGCACACGGAAACAAUUCCUGCUUUCAAGAAAGAAACGCUGCGCGGAAAGCGGGAUUAUAUUGCCGUACACCCUGACUGUAUCGCUAAUACAAACAUCGAGGAUACAUUGUAGGAGGCUAUUUUUUUAUUUUUUACUGGCCUUCUCAUAACCGGUGCGAGAUUGAGAUUCUUUGACGUUUUCCCCCCCUUGUCGUACCUUUUUUUUGUAAUUUUAUUCUGGUGUUCAUUUGACUGAUUUUUUUUUUGUGUUUUGGAAGGCUGGUUGUUUUGAUGUUGAACAGAAAGAGGGCCUUCCUUGAGUAUAUAUGGUAAUGUUUCGUGUUUGACCACUGUUGCUUAUAAAACUGGUAAAAAUAAACACAAGCCCAGUGACACAAACAAGUGAAUAAAAAAGGAAUAACAUUCAGUUUCCAUGGACAACACGUCCAUUAUUACCCAGGUUGCUAACCCAAAGGAGGAGGAGAUAAUUUCUUCCAGUCAAGAAAAAGUUUCCCAGUCAAACAGCCAUCUAAAGAAACAGAGGAGUCGAAGCAUCUUCAGCACUUUCUUCUGCUGCUUUCGCAACUAUAAUGUGGAACCACCAUCCAGCAACAACAACACAAGCGCCCUCCCUCCACCAGUGGAGGAGAAUGGGUCCCUUCCGAAGUGUGACCAGGUGCAGGUCAUUCCCAUCCCCAGUCCUCCAGCUAAAUACCUCCUACCUGAGAUGAACAUAUCUGACUAUGGCAAGAAGUGUGUGGUGAUUGACUUAGAUGAAACUUUGGUACACAGCUCUUUUAAGCCUAUUAGUAAUGCUGAUUUCAUCGUUCCUGUGGAAAUUGAUGGCACAGUUCACCAGGUGUAUGUUUUGAAACGGCCGCAUGUCGAUGAGUUUCUACAGAAGAUGGGGGAACUCUUUGAAUGUGUCCUCUUCACAGCCAGCCUAGCUAAGUAUGCAGAUCCAGUGGCAGAUCUGUUGGAUCAGUGGGGUGUAUUUAGAGCACGACUUUUCAGAGAAUCCUGCGUUUUCCACAGAGGGAACUAUGUCAAAGACCUGAGUCGGUUAGGAAGAGAGCUUAGCAAAGUUAUAAUAGUGGACAACUCUCCUGCUUCAUACAUCUUCCAUCCUGAAAAUGCCGUUCCUGUGCAGUCGUGGUUUGAUGAUAUGACAGACACAGAGCUAUUAGAUCUGAUACCCUUCUUUGAAGGACUGAGCAAAGAGGAAGAUGUUUACAGUGUACUUCAGAACUUAAGAGGCAGGUAGCGUCAUCUUCAGUGAGGUCCCUCAGCACCACAGCUGUGAGGGAUGAGAGACUGUCAGCUGCCUCCCUGGACUGCCUCUCUCAAGCACAGCUCUUUCACUUGUCCAUUCAUGGCUUGAAGAGGGGACAGCUGUAGGUUCUCAGUGAACAGCAAUGCUACUCCCUAUUCUUCUGGUUUAACUUCUGAGGGAAGGAUUUGUAGUGUGCUCGACUUAAUAAGGAGCCAGACGUUACAUAUGGCCAGAAUAUUUAAAAAAACUUCAGAAGAAAAACCUUCAUUUUUUUCUGACACAAGACUUUUACUAUCCUGUUUAAGUUCUUUAUAUUAACCAAAAACAUUUUUUGUGAAAGAAAAAAGACACAUUUGGAUUUUUUUCUGUUGUUGCUAUGCAGGCAGUCUUUUCUUGAUCUAACGUAGUAUAAAUGACUGUGAUUUUUUUCUUACUGAAUGAAGUGCCUUUUUCGAAUGUUUUUAUGGGGGAAAAGUUACAUUUUGUACGACACAUAUUUCCAGAGAACUUAACUUUUAAUGAAUAUAUGCUUUAAAAGAAGUGGAGAUGAAUUUUAUAAAGCACUGUUAUUUAUGCUGAAGAUUCAUUUUUUUAACGGACACUGGGUCUCCAUAAUAUUCUGAUUGCUGUUCUUUCAAUUGGUUAAAGACAAGCCAUUAUAUAGAAGUGAUUUUCUUUCUUUAGUUUAUUAUAUGUAGAAAUAUUAGUGUUACUAUAGCCUUUAAUGAAAUUAGAGGAAUGCAUUUGCAAUUGUGAUGUUUUAAGUUAUAUUUUAUUUUAACUGAAAAGCUUUUAAUGUUAUAUGGUAAAAAUGACGUAACUCCAUAGGUGACUGAAAGCGUGCCAAUGUAAGUUUUUGUAAGUGAUGCCAUACACUGGAUUGCAUUACUGUAAGUGCCAGUUUAUAGAUGUUUCCCAUUAAGAUAUGUGAGAGAUGUAAAUUUGGGUAACAGCUGAGCACAAAUAGAGAAUGUAAUGAGCUUAUGUAUAGUAGGCACAAUAACAGUCCAAUCUAAAUGCCCAGUAUUUCUUUUAAAGUAAUCUUUUUACUCCUAGUUUUAUAUUCUGUAUGUAUUUAGGUUUAUAAAUCUUCUGAUUUUUAAGUUCUAAAACAGUAUUUUAUUUUUUUUUGUUUUAAAAAGCUCCGACUUUAAUUUCUCCUGGAUAACGGGAGAAAACUACAACACUACAUUAAAAUCUGACUUUUUCACAUUGAAUUUAAUCUGCUGUUGCCGAGUUUUGAACAGUCUCGUUCAAAAGGUAGAAGGGAAGUGUCCUUCUGAAGCUGACAAGGUGAUAUACAAUUGCAAAUGUAUCCUUUUGUUAACUAUAAACCCUUGAUCGUCUAGAUUUUGUUUAAUGAGAACAGCUUGUUCAAGCUGGUGAACUGGGAUUUUAUUUUUUGUUCUGUUUCGAUUCAUGCUGCUGCUAGCGUACAGUCACCAAAUGGAGUUGGCUAAUUAAAACUGUUCCUCACCACUGUGCCUAAACCUGGACAUACUUACCACCGCUGUAUGCUGCAAAUCUGGGCAAUAAACUCAGAGGACAGACUGAUUGAUGACAUACUCCUGGUUCCUGCACACUUCACAGCUUUUAUUUUUUUUUCUUAUAAAUUAGUCCAUUUUGAAUAAGAUUUAUACCCAUGUUGUCCAAGAGGUGUUUCUUCCAAAGUGUGUACAGUAAAGCUCUGUCUACAGCAUUUACCUUUCAAGUAUUAUACAUACAGUACUUUAAUGAAAAGGAAAUACAAUAUAUAUUUCUAACAUAUUAAGAUGUUCUAAAUUGGUUAGUUUCAAGGUUUGUGUUCUGAUUUGUGAGUGUUCGGAAUCCUAUGGGAUCAAUAUAUAAUAGUUAGCUGUGAUAAAUUUGUUUUAUGCACACACUUGUGGAUGGAGCAUUCUUCUGAUCUCCCUGCAUGUGUACACAUUCUGUGCGCAUACAAUACCACAUUACCACCCUUUGCCCAAAUGCACAGUUAGUUUUUCCACAUUUUCACAUUUCACAUCAUCAUUUUGGAUAUAUACAGUAUAUGCUCAGUAUUAAGCUGCCACAUUAAAGUUAAAGUUGUGGAAUAAAGCACCAUAACCACAUUUUCCCUUUUCCUAUGAAUUUUGUCCGCUAAUAAAGGGUUUUUAGUUGAUCAGUUCUAGGAGUUAAUAUUGUAUUUAGGUUGUAUUUCUGUUUUUUUUUACCUGAAUGUGUACUGUAUGACAGAGUACAACAAUUUUUGGAUAAGUGACACUGCGAAGACUUGUUUUGAAAAUAAGUGGUAUAUCACCCUAUACAUGGAAAAAACAUUCUUUUCUGUUCUGUUCAGCUUUUGUCUAUACCAGUUUAUAUUUUUUUAAACAAGUGAGCUUUUAUUGGGAUUCAUCUAAACAGAUUUGGAGUUUACCCUGUCGGUGAGCAGUACUGUCCCCUCUUGUUUGCAACAUAUUUUAAUUCAAGUGUUAACAUGGUUUUGUAGCAUAUGUCUUUCAGACAAUUACAACCUAUUAAAGCACCUUUUUAAAAACAGGACCUUCAAAAGUUUUCUGUAACUAAUAACCUUUGGCUGUACUGAAUACAUUGCUGAAAUAAACUGUCUACUAGCCAUUUCACCUGAA